UAAUAUGUGUCUUAUUGUAAGCUUUUUUUAUUUUUUACAGUUAUUUCAUUAAUAGAAGAGUAUAUAUAUUGUAGGUUUGGUUAAUUUGCAAUGUUUGCUGUUGUUGGAUUUUUAGAGGAUGACUCAAUUGACAUUGUUUGUACAUCUUGGAUUGUUCAUAAAGAGGAUAGUAUUGAAGCAUAUUGGCCUCCUGGCAAUGCAAAAGUGAAAGCCGUCAGACAAGAUGUUCCUGACCAGAAAUGGACUAUACAUCGUAUCAGAAUAUUUACAUAUGAAGAUGAUUAUAGUAAUGCAGUUACAAAGAGGGCUAAAUAUGCGGAAACGUCAACUGUAGAGACUGAUGUGGAAUUGGAAACUAGGAAAAGACCUCACAAAAGGCCGGAACGAUACGUGCUUUCAGAGUUGGAGGAAUUUCAAGUUGAUGUUGAUGAAUCAACUCCACCGGCUAAAAAGCUACACAGUGAUGAAGCUUCUGCUUCCCAAAUUAAUGUAAUGGAAGAUUUGGUGGUUCCAACAACAUCAGAUGUUGCUUUAGCAACCGUGUCAACUGAGGAAAACUGUUUACCGGGUUCAAACAAUGCUCUUUUGCUUAAGAUGGAUGAAAUUCUGCAAAAUCAAAAGAUCAUUACAAAGUUACUGCAAUCGUCAACCCCAGAGACUGAUGACUGUGAUCUGGAAGAGCCAAUGGUCAACAUGAAACAAUUUCAAGACUUUGAAAAGAAAUUGGAAGUUAAGGGAUAUCGAAAGCGACUGGUAAACAGCUUGUCUGGAAUUGGAGGGUGUAGUGCAAGUGAGGUGAUCCGUCGAAUGAUGGCGAUGCUAGGAACUGUAAAUCUAUGGUCACAGUUCAGCUACAAGGGUAGAAAUGCAAAAAAGAAAGCUUUUUAUGCUUCAUUUCUUAACAAAAUGAUUUUAAAAGCAUCAAAGAAGAUUCUGAAAACGUGCAGCAUAAAAGAGUUGGAGUACAACGUUUCCGAAGUGUUGAAGCAUGCACCUCACAAAAGAGGAGGGCCAAAAUUUAAAGAAAAUCCGUCAGACGAGAGUAACACAAGUUUCGACACAGAACCCUAUCUUUCGUCGUCCAGCUGCGGGGAGGAAAUUUAACUUUGUGUUGUAUCGUGAUUAUAAAUAAAUUGAUUGCGUCUGCAGUUUCAUUGCAUUGUCAACUUUCGUUUAUGUUUGGUAUGUUGUUUCAGAACAUAGUAGUAAUUAAAAAAACGUUAUGAUGAUGUCCGAUAUAACGUUUACCGCAGGCUUGGUUUACGUUUCUGAAAGUGCUGGCGAACGGUUGGUCAAAACGUUUACUACCGUAAUCGGGAGUCUACAAAAAAGCGUUUGUAUAACGUUACGCGAAACCAGUCCAAACCUUUCCGGAAUACCGAAAACCAACGUCCAACCUACGUAAUUUUGUUAGCUGGGUUACACCUAAAACAAGAAACUUACAAAUAUUGGACACCAUAUUCCGCUGCCUGCUGACCGUCUGUCCACCUCAAUGGUUAACGGAAUCGAGAUAGUGAUACAUGCGAGCGCAAUUAAGAGCUGGCAAACCUGGAAUUUAUUUUUUAUAUUAUUAUUAAAAAUAGGCGAAAAUAUACCAACACAAAAGUAUAAUGUCCGGCGCCAUGGCACAGUUGGUUGUCGCGCAGUGCCGCCCCAGAGGUGUGUGCUUGGGGAAGACACUUUACGGCAAUUGUUUUAUCCCAGUGAUUACAAAUGGGUUGUCAAAGUUGUCAGCCA